AUGUCGCUCUCCUGCCAACGCGUCCUCAGGCGAUGCGCCGCCGUCCAGUCGCCCGUCGUCCGCGCCUCUGUCUCAUCCACCCAGACCAAGCAGUUCCUCUCAAGGAGAUGGCAAUCCACCGAGGCCGCCGCUCCCACCAACCCCAAGAUUGCUGCCAUCGUUGAUCAGAUCGGCCAAUUGACCCUUCUCGAGACUGCCGAUCUUGUUUCUUCGCUCAAGACUCGCCUCAACAUCCCCGACCUGCCUGUUGGUGGUUUCGCUGCCGCUGCUGCCCCCGCCGCUGCCCCUGCUGCUGCUGAAGAGGAGGAGGCCGCUCCCGCCGCACAAGAAAAGUCUCUGUUCAACCUCAAGCUCCAGUCAUUCGACGCUGGAGCCAAGCCCAAGGUCAUCAAGGAGAUCAAGAGUCUGUUGGGUCUGUCCCUGGUCGACAGCAAGAAGUUUGUCGAGAGCGCACCCAAGCUCAUGAAGGAGGGUGUGCCCAAGGAGGAGGGUGAGAAGAUUGUCGAAACACUCAAGGCCCUCGGUGCUGUUGUUGUCAUGGAGUAG